CCCAGCUCCUCCCCGGCUCCCGCGGGAGCUGAUUGGCACAGGCAUGGCCGCCUGCCCCGGGCUGCCGGCAUUUGAGUCGCUUCCAGAAGCUGACAAACCAGACUGGUCAGAGCCAGGCUCGGCCCCAGCCCUGCCUGGCCCAGGACAGGCAGCAGCUGCCUGCACGGUGCCUGCCACGCCUGCACCCCUUGCCGGCGCAGCGGGCAGCGCCCGGCUCGUUGCCCUCUCCUUCGGACCGUGGUGGUCAGUACCGCAUUGGGGAGGAGGAAGAGGAAGAGGAGAAGGAGGAAGUGGCUGCUGGAUGCUCAUGAGGAUACCUCUCUUGGCAUAGCCUGUUGGUGAGGGUGAUGGGGACACACCUUGCUGCGGGGGCUCCUGACCCCUUGGCCUGGGAGGGGGUCCCAAACUGUGCUGGAGGGAUGACGGGACAAUGCGCGGGCACUGCUGCCUUUAAGCCCUCCUGGCAGCCCUGCUGAAGGGCACCUGCUGCCCUGGAGCAACACUUGGGUCCCACACCCAGCCCCGAGGGGACACGGGGGGCGGUGGGUGAAGGGGGCAGCUGUGGAGCACCCACACCCAUGGAGCCGGCAGCAGCUGAGGAGGCAGAGCCCGGCCCCCAGCUCACGCAGGCGGCUGGCAGGGAGGGCUGUACCAGGCAGCAGGGUGAGAGCGGGACGGUGGGGUCGGAGGGCCCUGGGGAACCGCCCCAGCUCUGUGGGGAGGUACCUGCUGCUGCCUGGGGCUGCUGGAACCCACUGCUGGCAGAGGACACAACCAAGCCACUCCUGCCUGGGCAUGAUGAGCCACCUGCCCCUGGUGCCUCCCUGCCUGUGGGGCAGGACCCUCCCUCUGCUGCCCCCACCAGCCCCGUCUUGCCCCACGGAGAGAGGCCAGCGCUGCAGGAGGGGUCAUCCAGCCUGGAAAGUGCCUCCAGCUCCAUCCUGAGCCUCUCCGGCGAGGGAGAGGAGACAUCAAGCGACGAGGAGGUGGUGGCGGCAGAGCCGUGCUGUGUGCCUGCUGGCAGUGAGGACGAGUGCCCCAUCUGCACGGAGCCCUACGAUGACCAGCAGCACAAACCGGCCCUGCUCAACUGCAACCACGGGCUGUGCCGCGCCUGCCUGCGCGCCAUCAUGGACACGGCCACUGCCGCCGACUUUGGCCGCGUGAGCUGCCCCAUCUGCCGCCAGAAGACGCCCAUGCUGGAGUGGGAGAUCUGCAAGCUGCAAGAGGAGCUGCUCCUGCUGCACGCCCAGAACGGCUCCUCCAGCGCCCUGGCCACCCCCCGGCCCCCUGCCCUGCCGCCCCGGCGCCCAGGCCUCGCUGGCGCCCUCGAGCAUCACUUCCAGGUGCGCUUCCACACCACUCGCAUGUUCGGCUGCCUGCCCUGCGUCCGCUACCCGUUCUGCCUCAUCCGCGCACUGGGGCGGCUGGAGCGGCGCUGCCGCUGCUGCUACCUCCUGCUGCUGGCGCUGCUGCUGGCGGCCGAAAUACUCAGCCUGUUCCUUAUCUUCCUCCCCAUCAUCCUGAUGGUGCUGCUUUUCCUCAUCCUUGAUAAAUAGCACAGGGUUUGUGCUUCCAGGCUGGGCCAUGCAUGAGGACAGGAGGCCCAGAUCCUGCUUCUCCCUCAAGGCUGGUGCUGGCGGUGAUGCCAGCCGGGGAGCAGCCCAUGAACCUGGGGAGCCCCAUGAACCCGGGGAGCUCUGGUGCUGCCAGUGAGCCUGGAGCAGGGGAGGCAGUGGAGGAGCCAGGACGGGUGACUGAGGGAGGUCACCCUGGAGUCGGGCAUCGCCUGUGUCCCGUGGGGCACCGAGUGGCACCGAGUGACAGCAGCAAAGGGGCAGGUGGAGCAGGAGCCCGUCCUGCAGCGGGCACCUCCCCGGCGUGGGACUGGGAACCGGGGCGGCUCUGCGGGCAGAGCGGGGCUGUGCUGUGGGCUGCGCCUGAGACAGGCGGACGGGGUUCCCCAGCACAGACUGGAAAUACAACUUGCAUUUGUACCACA